CGACCAGCCAUUGCGCCCGCUGCCCAUACAUUUGAGACGUGUCACCACCCGAUCCGACCUCCCCCGAGGUCUCGCGUUAUCGCCAUGAGUUCCAAGCUGACUGUUCUCCACCUAUACCGGCGCUCACUAAAGCUAUCCCUCGACUGGGCUGUUCACCGAUAUCUCUGGCGGGGCCAGGCUAUGUACAUCCGCUCGUUGUUCGAGGCGAACAAGCACGUCAACGAGCCUCGCCUGAAGCGCGAGCUCAUCAAAGAGACCGAAGAUCUGCUGGAGAAGUGGAAGCACCCCGACCCAUACGUUGCGCCUACGGCGCCUGGAGGCUCCAAGUACGAACGCAAUCUACCUGCUACUUAUUUGACUCCUCCCCCGAACAUGAAGUUGUAAGGAGAAAGGGUAGUGAUGGCUUUGUACAUAUAUCGCAGGAACGUCUGUCAGGUAAACUGACGCGAAUCACACGAAAUCAAAAUCAAUUUUCUUUGUUCAAGAUCAUUCGCUCUUCAAAACAACAUGAAUGCUUUACAAAUGAUAUAUCCCGUUGGCAUUUGGAUAGAGAUAUUGGCCUAUGCAUAAUUAACAAAUCUUUUCCGUCU